GCCCAGAAGGAACAGCUCAGGCUGGAAAUUGUCGACCUCCGGCGACAGUUGACGGAUCUUGUGGCGAAGAAGGCGGAGGAGGCUGCAGGUCACGAGCAGCAGGACGCGAGUUUCAGCAGCCACACUGCCAACAUGCAGGCGAAGCACGCCAAGGAGAAGGCCGACAUGAAGACGCAGCACGCCAGUGCAUUGAACGAGAUGAAAGAGCUACAUAAAUUGGAGCUGGCUCAGGCGGAGAAGAGGGAGCAACAUGAAUCGGACCUCCGCUCCCACUUGUCAAUGUGGCAACGGUGCACAGACCGCCUGGUGGACAAGGCAAAGGAGGAGGAGGAGGAGAAAAAGAGGGCGGGGAUGGAGGAGGAGGAGCCGGCGAAGGAGAAAGGACCGGAGCAGAAGGAGGAGCAGAAGAAGGAGAAGCAAAAGGAUCAGAAGAAGGCGCCACAGGAACAGAAGGAGGAGGAGCCGGCGAAGGAGAAGGGACCGGAGCAGAAGAAGGAGGAGCAGAAGAAGAAGCAAAAGGAUCAGAAGAAGGCGCCACAGGAACAGAAGGGGAAGGAGCCGGCGAAGAAGCAAAAGGAUCAGAAGAAGGAGAAGGAGCCGGCGAAGGAGAAAGGACCGGAUCGCAAGGAGAAGGAGCCGGUCUCAGGCGCGGAAACGCCAAGCCGCACCUGCAGCCAAGCCGAGAAGAAGGCAAGGAGGAGCAGAACGCCUACUUCCCCGGCCAGGUGA